AUGUACAAAGAUUUUAAACAGAACUAUGGUUUGUUCGAUGAUUUGCCCUGUUCUUUUAAAAGGCAUGGCUAUAUAUGUGAACGUGAGUACCAUGCCAUGUGGUUUUGAUUGCUACAAUACUCUGUUAUAUUUUUAUUAAGUGUCGUGAAAGCUGUUGUUAUACAGUUGUUGCAUUUCUAUACGACAACUUAAAUAGUCUUAAUAUAAGAAACAAUUAUUUCAUUCUAUUCUAUUAUCAACUUUGUGUAGAUAUAUUUUGCCAAGAUGAAAAAGGUAUCUGAAAUAACAAAUCAGUGCUCAUACUAUUGGAGUAUAUUAUUAUUCAGUUAAUGCGUAAAAAUAUAGCAAACAAUUUACAUAUCAUGAUUAACACAACGUUGAAAACAGAACAAUAUGAGUUACAAGAACAAACUAAUAUCAUAUAUAGUGCCUUUUAGAAUUAAUAUUACAUUAUUUCAACGAAUCAAAGCAUUUUUAAUUCUUACGUCCUAUUUCACUUUUCUUGUUUCGUCAUACCUUUUCAGAUGUUCUGAAAACAGCAAACUGUUCAACUGUAGCUAAAACUGCACCAUCUACAAAGGGUCUAACAAAAACUUUAGUGACAGGUAAGUUAAAAUAGUUUUUAUGACUUUGAGUUCAACAACUUUAAUGUAAUUUUGUUCCUAACUAAUGUUUUACUCAUUUAAACUUCGCGUUACUCAUCAGUCCUUAGGGCCUGUUAACAUGGAGGGGGGAGACCUCAGGUAGGUGAGGUAACCCGCUUAGGUGGGGUAACUCACCGCCGACUGUCUAGAAUUUAUGAAGUUGAACCUAUAAAUGUUAAGGACAAGAAAAAUUGGUUUCUGCUUUAAUUAAUGAGAAUAACUCUUUGGAGACAUUGACGUAGUUAAGGCACCGGAAACGGACGGAAACCCAAGCAUAAAAAAGACACGUUACCGGGCCGUAACUUCACGUUUCCGCCGAAAGAAAGAAUGAAACAAACAGGUUUCCGAACGUAAUUUCGCGUUUUCGCAACUUAUUCACAUGAUCAUGAUUGCGGAAAUAUGCGAUCCUCGAAACGGAAAUCUUACGGAAACAUGUCAAAAAGUGUUCCUGUUACGUUGUAAACGCAGCGACGGGAAACAUGAAUAACCGUAAUGUAUCUGCUAACGGAAACACACGAUUGGUGCUGUGUUUUCGCGGCGGAGUCUCCUGUUCCCGCCAUGUUAAAGUUUACGAAUUCUUCUUUUUCGUUCUGUGGUGGUCACCCCACCUAGGCCUAUCGUGUAAACGUACCGUGAUCAAUUAAUUAAAAUGAGAGAUUUUAUGGACAGGCGGGUUACCCCACCUAAGCAGGUCACCUCACCUACCUGGGGUUCCCCACCUCCCUAUAAACAGGCCCUUAUUCUGAAAAAAAUAAAUCAUCACUUUAAAGCGUUGUUUGAGCCAACAGUUGGAAACUUUCUCCGUAGUAAUACAGACUGCUGUGCAGUCUAUCUACUUUGAAUUAUUAGAGAGAGUCACGUUUAUGCAAUGGCAAACGGCAAACGUUCGUUUCAAGUACAAAUUUACGUUUGCCCUUUUGCCGUAAACGUCACUCUUAGUUUCUCUAUUAUGAUAUUCCGCGCGAAAGUUCAUUCACACUACUGACAAAGUCAAUAACGCUAUAUGAAACCGACAAGCCAUUAGCUGCUACAAGGCCACACACUACGAGCCUCAGCGCUCCGGAAGUUAAAAAAUUCGUACCGUCUGGUUGCUAUGAAGUGACGUAAUCAUCCAGUUGAGUAUGGGACUCUGUAAAGUGCGGAUCCGGACGGCGGAUGCGGACGGCGGACGGCGGACGGCGGACGGCGGACGGCGGACAAUAAUAAAAAAAUAAAAAAAUAAAAAUAAAAUAAAACAAAAUAGACGUAUAAAAUAAAUAAACGAGAUAAAUGAAUAAGACGGCGGACGGCGGACAAUAAUAAAAAAAAAAAAAAUAAUAGAAAUAAAAUAAAAAAUAAAAAUAAAAUAAAAUAAAAUAGACGUAUAAGUGUAAAAUGGGGUUGACAGGCCUACACGACUCCCCAGCGCGUGUUUAAAAUAGCCUUUCUAUAGUUUGGCUCUCACGAGUAUGUCUUUGAGCGACCGCCCUCUUUUAUAAGAUACGAGGGGCGGUUUUUUGUAGAUUUCGCUCAGUAAUGGUUGUUGUUCUAUUAAAUGCCAGUUUUUCAUGAGAAUUUGCUUUAGGUUUGGCACUGAUGGUUGGUAUUGUGUGACAAAAGGCAAGAUUCGUUGGUUUGUCUUUGGUUUCUGUUGAAGGGCUAGUUUCCUGUCUUUGAAGUUCACCUCUGAGAGGGUUGUGUUAAUAAGAUCCUCUGGGUAACCCCUCUGUAGCAGAUGCGCUUUGAAAUUUGUAAUUUUCUCUUCGAAUAUUAGUUCGGAAGAGUUUGUUCUGAGGAGUCGGAGGGCUUCCCCUUUAAUGAAGCCUUUUUUAACUCCUUGCGGGUGACAGGAAGCAAAAUGGGUAUACUGAAAUGUCUCAGUUGGUUUGAAAUGAGUACGCACAUCAAGGAUUGCGUCUCUUUCGAAUCUUUCCCCUUUGUAGAUGUAGGUGUCCAGGAAUGUUGUUUCCUUAUCGGAAAUUUCAGCCGUAAAUUUGAUCGUAGGGUGAUGAUUGUUUGCUUGUUCAAUGAAAUGUUUUAUUCUGGCUCUGUUUGUAGUCCAGAGCGAGAAGAUGUCGUCUAUAUAACGUUUCCAAACGAGCGGUUUGAAAAGGCUUCGGCUAAGGAUUUCCGUCUCUACCUUGUUCAUGAAUAUAUUAGAAAAGGCGACUGCCAUUUUCGUGCCCAUGGCCGUACCAUGUGUUUGAAGGUAGUUUUUUCCAUUAAACUGGAAAGAGUUCUCUUGGAGAAUUAGCCUUAGCGCUCGUUUUAGUAGUUGUGUAGGGAUAGGAGGUUCGUUUCUAUAGAAUAUUUCGUAUGCUCUGGGGAGUCGUGUAGGCCUGUCAACCCCAUUUUACACUGCUCGUUUAUUUAUUUUAUACGUCUAUUUUGUUUUAUUUUAUUUUUAUUUUUUUUAUUUUUUUAUUAUUGUCCGCCGUCCGCCGUCCGCCGUCCGCCGUCCGCCGUCCGCAUCCGCCGUCCGGAUCCGCCGUCCGGAUCCGCACUUUACAGAGUCCCGUUGAGUAUCCAUCCCUGUAACACUUUUGCGGUCAACUACCGCAGCGCUCGUAAAGUACUUUAAUUAAAACCGUGUUCAAAACCCUGUAGGAAGUCUGUUUAUUUUUGAGUCGAUUAAUGUACUGCUGACUUUCACGAGGUCAACUUUUGCAUAAAUUAUCAAACAUUAUGUUAAGCGGGAAAUCUACCUAUGGUUCGCGGGAGAAGCAACUUCUAUAGCGGCGCAAGACAAAUGUUUCGAGAGUCGAGGAUGUGCUCACAAACUAUUCACUAUGCGACGAAAGGAGAAAUCACUGGCAUGAUAGCUGCAUGUAAAAGUAAUUUUAUCAAUCCAGGUCGCGCCGUGUUCGCUCGAGAACGCUGUGACAACCUCGUUUGGCGCGCUUCUCAAUACUUCCAAAACAUGUUGUAAUCGGUAAGUAGACUUAAGCACUUAGUAUCGCCAAGCCAUUCGAAUCAGUGUAUACCCAAUUCUUUGUCUGAAGAUUCUCGCAAACACAUAUACCAAGUAAAUCUGGAUGGAAGAGGAAAUUGUCUCCCUAAACGCAGCCAGAUUAUAUUUUGAAGGAUGGCGGCACAAUUCAACGCGUCUUCCAGGUCAGCCCUAAUUUAUAGUUCGUAAGAGAAUAAAUUGCGAUCUCCCUAUUAAGCUUUCUUUGAUAAAACUUCAGUAGAAACAAAACAACGCAGACAUGACAUUCUCCUGCAUGAGACACAAUCGGCUGAAGGAAAUAUCUGUUUACAAGUCGGGUAAAUUAUCCAUUCUUGCGUACCGCAAAAUCAGCUAAAAUCAGUCGCUGGAAACCUGGCAUAUUAGUAAGCCUGAGCGCUUCUAAGAAUACCACGUUUAGAACUUCGACGCGUAGGAAAAAAAAGCAGUUGUUCUAUAUCCUUUCUGGUUCAUCCAGGUAGAAGUCCUGGCAUGAUAUAGUUAUGCCUAAGCGCUUCUAGGAUAUAUAACACGUUUAGCAUUUCAACCCGUAGCCGCAAAAAAAAAAAAUUUAGGCAGUUGUUCUAUAUCCUUUCUGGUUCAGCCAGGUAGAAGUCCUGGCAUGAUGUUAUUAUGCCUGAGCGCUUCUGGGAUAUAUAACACGUUUAGCGUUUCGACCCGUAGCCGAAAAAAAAAAAAAUUAGGCUGUUGUUCUAUAUCCUUUCUGGUUCACCCAGGUAGAAGUCCUGGCAUGAUGUUAUUAUGCCUGAGCGCUUCUGGGAUAUAUAACACGUUUAGCGUUUCGACCCAUAGCCGAAAAAAAGAAAUUAGGCUGUUGUUCUAUAUCCUUUCUGGUUCACCCAGGUAGAAGUCCUGGCAUGAUGUUAUUAUGCCUGAGCGCUUCUAGGAUAUAUAACACGUUUAGCAUUUCGAUCCGUAGCCGAAAAAAAAAAAUUAGGCUGUUGUUCUAUAUCCUUUCUGGUUCACCCAGGUAGAAGUCCUGGCAUGAUGUUAUUAUGCCUGAGCGCUUCUAGGAUAUAUAACACGUUUAGCAUUUCGAUCCGUAGCCGAAAAAAAGAAAUUAGGCUGUUGCUCUAUAUCCUUUCUGGUUCACCCAGGUAGAAGUCCUGGCAUGAUGUUAUUAUGCCUGAGCGCUUCUAGGAUAUAUAACACGUUUAGCAUUUCGAUCCGUAGCCGAAAAAAAGAAAUUAGGCUGUUGUUCUAUAUCCUUUCUGGUUCACCCAGGUAGAAGUCCUGGCAUGAUGUUAUUAUGCCUGAGCGCUUCUAGGAUAUAUAACACGUUUAGCAUUUCCAUCCGUAGCCGAAAAAAAGAAAUUAGGCUGUUGCUCUAUAUCCUUUCUGGUUCACCCAGGUAGAAGUCCUGGCAUUAUGUUAUUAUGCCUGAGCGCUUCUGGGAUAUAUAACACGUUUAGCGUUUCGACCCGUAGCCGAAAAAAAAAAUUAGGCUGUUGUUCUAUAUCCUUUCUGGUUCAGCCAGGUAGAAGUCCUGGCAUGAUGUUAUUAUGCCUGCCCGCUUCUAGGAUAUAUAACACGUUUAGCAUUUCGAUCCGUAGCCGAAAAAAAGAAAUUAGGCUGUUGUUCUAUAUCCUUUCUGGUUCACCCAGGUAGAAGUCCUGGCAUGAUGUUAUUAUGCCUGAGCGCUUCUAGGAUAUAUAACACGUUUAGCAUUUCGAUCCGUAGCCGAAAAAAAGAAAUUAGGCUGUUGUUCUAUAUCCUUUCUGGUUCACCCAGGUAGAAGUCCUGGCAUGAUGUUAUUAUGCCUGAGCGCUUCUAGGAUAUAUAACACGUUUAGCAUUUCGAUCCGUAGCCGAAAAAAAGAAAUUAGGCUGUUGUUCUAUAUCCUUUCUGGUUCACCCAGGUAGAAGUCCUGGCAUGAUGUUAUUAUGCCUGAGCGCUUCUAGGAUAUAUAACACGUUUAGCAUUUCGAUCCGUAGCCGAAAAAAAGAAAUUAGGCUGUUGCUCUAUAUCCUUUCUGGUUCACCCAGGUAGAAGUCCUGGCAUGAUGUUAUUAUGCCUGAGCGCUUCUGGGAUAUAUAACAUGUUUAGCGUUUCGACCCGUAGCCGAAAAGAAGAAAUUAGGCUGUUGUUCUAUAUCCUUUCUGGUUCACCCAGGUAGAAGUCCUGGCAUGAUGUUAUUAUGCCUGAGCGCUUUUAGGAUAUAUAACACGUUUAGCAUUUCGAUCCGUAGCCGAAAAAAAGAAAUUAGGCUGUUGUUCUAUAUCCUUUCUGGUUCACCCAGGUAGAAGUCCUGGCAUGAUGUUAUUAUGCCUGAGCGCUUCUAGGAUAUAUAACACGUUGGCAAUGAAAUCGACCGCAGACUUUAAAAUGUUUUUUUUAGAAGGCACUGAAUUAUUUUUUCCGGACAUUUUGUUUGAUACCGCAUUUUUAAUUAAUUUUAUUUGUCGCCCCAGGAUGAUGACAUGAUUGCGUGAAAAUUGACGCCUCUAUCAUAUUAGAUGCGAAAUACGAUCAGAGAUUAAGGGAAUAGGGAAUGUUGCAAGCUACUGGGUAUCCAGCUGAGAUAGCUGACUUUUACUCAGCUAUCUCAGCUGGAUACUGAGGGGUUUUUUUGGUUGCUAAGACCGUGCAGCUCGUUAUGCUAGCUACCUCCUUCGCACAGAGCCGAUCUACAAAUGACGGUUCAAAGGCAAUUACUACGAUAAUAAGUACGAACAAUUUACUGUUUACCAUAUAAAGUACUACUAAAGUCUUACUGUUGUUUUACGUGCCUUUCUGGAGACAUUCAUCAAGUGUACGAAUGUCAGUAGACGUUUGCAGGGGGCGAAGUCAGUCGGUCAGUUUUCUCCAAGAACAUUGAUGCGGUUCUGGGGAUAUCCCCUUCCUUCUGCUUCCGGCUGUGUACUCAGCAUUCGUUAAGCCUAGCGGUAGCCAGGAGAGGAUAAAUCGGAUUCUUGCUUUGGCUCAUCUUAUGUCAUCCAACUACUUAAAUAGGUCAUUACACGCUGUUGCACAAAUAUGCCUGUUUUUGCUGAAUGUUUCUUUUCCUGUCACACUUUUAACAGAAAAAGCAAAGGCCACGUCAUCUCACAAGCUGUUCAGCGUUGAAGAGCCCAGUACAGAACCCGUCCCGAACACAUACAGAAAGACAAACACCCGUGUUACCUAUACAAACCCAAAACGUAGGUGUAUCUAUAGAUUUCUUUGCGUGAUUGGCAUACUACAGCCAAACCAUCAUGAAAUUAAUUAAUGUUUUUUGGGAGAAUUACUUAAAAAAAGUGCUGGAAACGUACAAGUUCGGUCAAGUUAAUAAAGCCUUUGUUGUGUAACCUGCAAUAGGCAUAGGCGUACGAGAAAUUUUUUGCCACGGGGGGCGGUAAACCGUUUGCCCAAAAAAAUCUCGCAAGUUGCUGAAAUUUUUACGAAAGAGUCGAAAAGAAAUGAGGGCCAUACUGCAACAACAUAGGCCGUCCUGGCAUAUGAAGGUGGCUCGAUACGAUUAAGAUGAAAAUACGGUUAAGAUGAAAAUUUGUCAUCAUCAGGGUUGCAAUGACAUCGGAGUUGUCAUAGCAACGAAAUGACUCCCCCCGCCCAUUACCUAUUUUACUUCAGCAACGAUUCCCGGCACGGGAACCGUUCACAGGAGCUUUUUUCUCCAAUACGGUCGCCUCGAUGUUCGUGAAGUUUAAGCAAAACCUUAAGAGCGUUAUCGAGAUAUUUUGAAAUGAAGUUUUUACUUAUUAGAAAUACGGUAAGAACAGGAAAAUCUUGAUUUUUGGCCAUUAUCUGUAGAAAACGAAGCGCUUUUGACCUGCAAUUUUACCUCAUAGUAGUUUUAAUCUUUUUAAAAACAUGUUUGAAAGAUCGUGGAGAUAGCUCUGCUUUCAGAUCUGCUUGAUUGCUAGAAUCGAAAGAAGGAUUUGAUGAGUAUGUAUCGAGACACUCUUGUUAGCGGUUUUGUAAACAUUUCGGUCUACUUUAACAAAUUAGCGAAUAAUUUUAAACUGCUCGAUAGAUUUUUUAAAAGAAUUAAAAUUCUUCUCGUAAUUCAAACUGAGAAUUAGUCAGCCACUUCUUCAUUUUCAUACACUCUAAAUCAGAAAGAUCUGUUUUAGCCCUAAAAACAGGGCCGUUUCGGUGAGUAAAAUACAGUCCUAUUUUUGGGUCUAAAUUGGCUCCUUUAAAUCAGGGUCAAUACAGUCCAAUUAGCUAGGGCUGAUUUGGUCCUAGGGCUGAAAUGGGCCCUACCGUGGGCUGGAAUAGCCUUUUGAUAGAGCUUUUUUGGCCUAAAUUUUUCUCAAAUGGCUCCAGGAAGGGCUGAAUCAGACUUUGGCCUGCAGGGCUGAAUUGACACUUUGGGGCUGAAACAGAUCUUCGUAAUUUACAGUGUACCCAUUGCUAAAUGCUAUCUGCCAUACUCUGUUCUUCGAGUAGAGAUUAUUCUAGAAAGUUAUGCGAAAGUUUAUUUUAAUCAAUUCACGACUGGAAAUAGCCCAUUCCAGCUAGUGCAGUGCAGUAUAGUGCCCAACCAAAAAAAAAGCUGCAAAUAUGUAAAUUACUCAUCACAUGCUAGGCAACCACUGUUAAGUAAUGUAACUGGAUUAUUACGCCGACUUCAGGUUAAUAUUCAGAUCUUUAAAAUAAUUAAAUAAACAUGGAGACGUCUUUAACAACUGGCUUUGCCCAAAUUUUCUCUCGCUGCCCAAAAAAUCUGAGUUGCCCAAAAUUUGGGGGUUGCAGCCCCCCUCGCCCCCCCCGGCCCGUACGCCUAUGGCAAUAGGGAAACAGAAUUUAGAAGAAAUUCCUGUUCAGUUAAGCUUAAUUAAUAUGUAACUUCUGAUGGAUGGGGUGAUUAAGGGGAAAGAAGUUUUUUUUUUUAAAUUUUCGUUGUCUUUCUACUUUUGCAGCGGCAGUUCCUGAGGAAGUCAUCGAUGAAUCUCCUGAUAUCACUGUAAUCAUCUUAAUUCUUCUAGCUGUUAUCAUACUGGCUCUUUUGAUUGUAUUUUUCAUCAUUUUUUCUCAGCGACGUCGCAGAAACAAAGCGAAAGGUACUCUUUGUUAUUCCGUUCGUAGAAUUUUGUUUUUAAUUCUGAAAAGUUUGUUUAACAAAUAGAUUCCAUGUUGCCGUGCGUCUGAUCAGUAAUAGAUCACAGAUGACCUCAAAAUGUCGUAAAAACAAAGAAGUGACACACGGGCCGCAGGCGAGUGUGUCACUGUUGUUUUUACCACAUUUUGACGUCCUCUGUGAUCUAUUACUGAACAGAACCACGGCAACACGGAAUCUAUUUGUUUUAUACAAUGAUCAGAAAAGAAAAAGACCGAUACACAUACCUGCCUCGAACCGCUUGACCUUUUGAGGAUUUGUGCUAGUUUAGGCAUUUUUUAAGUCCCAAACCCAACUUUUCAUCUUAGCUUCUUCUUUAUCUUACUUCUGUACAGUUUCUUCGAAAAGUUUUUCACCGUCUUUUCUUGCUCAACGAAGAAUAAUAGCGAAAACAUUUUGCAAAACAGCGAGUCUCUCGUAGCGAAGACACACGAUGGCAACUGUUGUGAAGAUUUCUUGUAGUUUAGGCAUUGUCAAAUAGUCAUUUAGUCAAAUAGUUUUUUCCGUUCAGCGUAGGCGGAUUGCAUUCUUCAUCGGGUUUUAGAUGGUUCAUUUGAUCACAGUUGAUUGGAAUUUCAUUUUUUACAGUACUUGAUAGAAAACAACACUUUUUGCAAUAGCUUUUUUGGUCUCCGUUUCUCCAUUUUUCUUCUUUGUAAAUAGCUCCUGCUAAACUUUUUCCGAUGCUUUCACUUGCCUCAAUCCGAAAUAAUCUCACAAACAUCUUCAAAACCGCGUGCCAUGUUGAACAAAACAAAGAAAACAAGUUUCCCGUGACGUCAUCUAUGUAUCUGUACUCUAAUAGAUCAUGGGCAACGACCAAUCACAGCGCGCGUAGCAUUCACAUCAUUGUAUAAAAUGUUAUCGCAACCGAACUAUGCUCGUUCCCAAGAAAUACGAUUUAAAGAUCAAAGGAAAUAGUUCCUUUAAAACGAAACUGCAUGUCACGUAGCCAUGGUGCUGCCCGAUGGUAGAAGGAACACAAGACUAAUCGUUUGGAAUUGAGUUCAUAAGAAAAGUAAAUUGACACUCUUUCACGACUCUGUUAAUCAUAAAAAACAUAGUCCUUUAAGCAGAAAUGCCUUUUCUACCAUUCUCCUUUCUAAAUUUAGGAGUACAUAGACUUGACGUCAUACAGACUUGUUGUUCCUUUAACGAUAUCGUCUUCUUUUGCACUUCUUUUAGUUUCGUCUCAGUCAGGAAAACAACCCAGAGACCCAAAACAUAGCCUGCAUAGCUCUACCGAACUUACAGUUCAUUUUAGCAUGACACAAGCACAGGAAGAACGUAUUACUAUUAAGACUGUUAAAGAAAGCAACGAAGAGUACGCAGUUGUAGAUGAAGAUAUGCGAAAAUCCAAGUGUGAUCAGGGAGGUCCAUCCAGCUCUGAUGGAGAAGGAGUGCAAUCGCCCCCAAAUGAUGAUCACACCGCAGCAAACCAAUCAGCAUUGAAGAAGAAUACAGAGAGGUGUGAUAAAGGCAACGAUCAAAAGGAAAAAGGACACCAUGUUUACGCCAACGUGCUUGUUAAAGAAAGUAGAGCGGUCAUGUUUUGUAAAACAACAGCUUCUCCGGAUGUGAGCCCGGACGUUACCUUCACAGAAGAGUGUUCGACAGUGGGUGAGGAUCCUGUGGAGGAUUUGAAUCAUUCAUUUUUGGAGAAAAGAAAAGAAAUAAACAGCAACGAGGCCAUGAGUGGACAGUAUCCAAAUAGCGGAACUGAGUGCAACGAUCACUUUUAUGCAGUUGUUGACAAAUCAAAAAAGAAACAAAUGGCUCCUAAGGUAGGUACUUUUAAACCACUUAGUUCCUAUUGAUCGCUUGGCUGAUAUCUUUGAAUGAUUAUAUGUUCAACAUUACCUUUUUUCACGGAUGCUAAGGGAAUUUCACACUCUUUAUUAUAUACAAUACAAUAUGAAAUACAAUCAAUUUAUUUGUGUUAUAAAAAUAUAAUAAAUGAUACCCGGUGAUACAAUACUGCUGAAAAUUAUAAUAAUUGAACAGGUGACAAGUGUAUAAUAAGACAAUGAUAAAAAUUAAUGUAUCCGGGAAUGCAUAUGUAAGAAGUACACAAGUAACACCCUCCUCCAUCCUGCUUACUAAAAACUAUGAAUAUCGCACUCAGUGGAAGAAUAAAUCGAUUUUGAAUAUAAGAUAAGCUAAAAACCCUAACACAUACAAUACUUACAUUUGCAACUGGCUGUUAGGGCUUUUAAAGCAUAAUAGUUUGCGGAUUCAAGUUUCUUGUUCCGAGUUUUGUUAAUUGCUAAUAGUAGCUAUAGUGGACUGCAGUAUUCAAGGUAUGGAGGUGUAUAAGCCUUGUACAACAUAAUUAAGGGAGAUGUCAACAGGCACCAGCUUUCUUAGUCGUCUCAGAGCUCCAGUCUUAGCAUAGACCUUCUUUAAAACAGCUGAUAGGUUGUCUUUAAAGGCCGAACAGUUUAUCUUCGAUAUGAACACCAAGAAUCUUCAGGAAACCAUUUGAUUUCGAUAGCAGAAUCGCCAUGAGGAAUAGUUACUUGAGAGCGCUUGGGUUUUCUUACCAUGGACUAACAAGUAAUUUGAGGCAAACCAGGAUGUCUGUGAAAGAUUCUUAAGAUCUUGAUUAAGAGAUAGUUCCAAAGCUGAAAUGUUGUUAUCGGAUGCAUCAGCGUCGUAGUGUUAUCAUCGUAGAGCCUCAGGGUUCAGAUCGUUGAUGAAUAUGUUAGACAAGAGUGGCCCCAGGAGGCUGCUUUGAGGAACACCACAAAAAACCGGUAACCAAUUAAAACUCUGUUAACCUUAACUCUUCGCUUUUGACCAGUAAAGUAGGAAUGCAACAAAUUAAUUGCCUCCUCAGCUCAUCACCAAAGACCACCAAUUUUUUUGGAACGAACUUUCAGUUUUAUCUUCAUUUUUCUUUUGGCCACUGAAGAAGGUUUGUUAUUAAAUAUUGGGCAAAUUUGUUUAAAUAUAUACUUUUCGUUUUAUUCUUUUGUUUACUUCUUCAUCGCCUUGCCGUAAGGAUCAGUUUGCCGUGUCAUACUUUUCUAUAAGUUGUUAUUGUACUGAUCCAGGUCUACAACUGAGAGAUCCGGCACCACUCAUUGGUUUAUCGCUGUGGAGUUGCUGAUAUUCUAUAUCCUUUGGUAUAUGUUUUUGCGGACUUGACAGUGCACAACGUUAACAUAGCAUUUCUAUAAUUUUGAUCCGGUUAUUGACCAAUGAAUAAAUAAAUCAAUAUUCAUUCUCAUUUUUGCAAGGAUUUUGCACCGUCUCUUCCUUCCUGUUUUGUUUUUGAUUGUGUGUUUCAUUACUAUUGUUAUUAUUAUUAUUAUUAUUAUUUUCACACAGAAACCUCUCCCUUACUCCAGUGGCCACCUCAUGUAUGCAGACAUGAGCCACUUACCGAACAACAAAAACGGGAAAGUUCACAGAGCAUGCGCUUCAACAGUUUACGCUGACAUCAAUCAUUCUGCUAAGAGAAAAGUGAAGACUGGAUGGAAGCCAAGGCUACCAACAAUGUAAAACAUAAAGUACAUUAACCCUCGGACGUACAGGGGUGGCGGUUGCCACCCCUCCUCUGAAGUUUUUCUCUAUAUAAACAAUAAAACAUCAGCACCUGACGGACACCUGACGUAUUCAGUUGCUGUUCAAAUUCGUUUAUCCCUUGUGCGCAUUUUGAGAUAAGUUUGGUGAUGGCCAGUUACUAUGGUUACUGAUAUGACGUCAUAAGUAGCAGGAGGUCAAGCCAUGUUUGAGUGAAAAUGCAUGUUUUUUCAUCUUCUUUCAACAAUUGAAGUAGGCUUGUGGAUAAAUGGAUGCAAAGUACUUAGUUAUGUGUUAUUUUACAUGUCAAGCACAAAAAAUUGCCAGUUCGCACAGUUUUAACCUGAUUUCCAAUUCUUGGUAAAAUCCAAGCUGACGACCAUGUUUGGUGACGUCACAGGUCUCCAGUAGCACCACCACCGAUAAAAUAUACCUCACCUUGUUGAGAAGGCUUUCAACUGAAAGCAAAAUCCUUUCGACAUACUGCAACAUAUCAAAAACUCUAGACAAGGGUUCCAUCACUCCCCCCUUGUACCACUGUGGGGGUAUGACAUUACGUGUACGUCCCAGGGUUAACGAUGAACACUUAACAAUUAUAUUCCUCGAGCCCGAAUGGGCUCUACGUCAAUAGCCAUGAGGCCGAAGGGCUAUUGACCCAGAGGCCAUGAGGGCGAGAGGAAUAAUUGUUUUAGUGAAAUCCAACUAGUUGGUCAAAAAUAUCGAGACAAAACAACUUUACCUAGACUUAAAUCCUUUUUUCCGUCAAAAAGCCGGCGCUUUUCGCUACUAGUGGGCUAUAACAUAUAGCCUAGUAGUAGCUCAACCAAUCAGAACGCAACAUUGAUAACAGACCACUAGUUGGAUUUUACUAAUAUGUAAUAUAAUGAUGGUGCUGUUUAGUAGCGCCAUGCAUAUGCUUACAUCAACUAAUGAUUAGAACGCUAAGCACAAUUAAUUGAAAACUACACAUGUUAAAAGAGUAAAGACUACAUAAAAAAAUUCAUGUUUGAUCUUAGAUUUAAAAUAAAAUAAUAAAGAAGUGUAUCCUGACUAAAAGGGUUAUAAUUGAAGAUGCCCUGAUAAAUAAGACGUUGUUUUUCUUUGUUUGACCCAGUUUGAUCUUACACGAGGUAGGUGAAAAUCGUCUCUCAACGCUUGUUAUUGUGAAUCGAGUAUUUCUAACUCUUGGAGAUCGGUGUACAGCGAUAUUUUUCCGAUCACUUUUUUAUGGACGAUUCAUUUUUUAGAAAAAAGUCUUAAUUCAUGUUGCAUAUUCGGGGUUGUAGUUCAUGUUUAAUACAAGAUUAUGGUUUCAACUCAUUUGAAAGAAACCUUCUCUGUCCUAUUUUAGUUAGUUAGUUGGUUAGUUUGUUAGUUCGUUCGUUAGUUAGUUAGUUAGUUUAGUUAGUUUAAAAACACUCACGUCGCAACCUAACUAAAAUAGGACAAAGAAGGUUUCUUUCCUUAAACUUCCGCUUGUGACGACACUUCCGUUUAUGCUCCAGCACAAAUAGCGGGAUGUGUCGGGAUGUGCGGCAGCUGUAGCCCUGUUUCUGAGGUUCCUCAACUAUCAAGCACGUCCUAUCCAAGGCAAAUAUCUUGUUAACGCUUUUUGAAAUCUUUUGAUCAUGAUGAGGUGUUGUCUAGCUAUAAGAACGAAUGAUAAUUUAGAAACAAACUAGCGACGGUAUUAAAAAGGGAAUUUACUGAUGCCGUUGGCGGGUUUAGAAACAUCUAUAAUGUUGACAACAAUCCAAAAAGUUUUCGUAAUAAAUCCAGUUCUACGGUGAUUUAGUACGUCCUGUGUCGCUUUGAUGAUUAUUUUGUUAAUUUUUAGGUGUUUUACGUGAUUCAACUUUUUGGUAUCAACUAGGUGUAGCAGCAAAGCACCGAUAAAAUGCAAGCACUAAGGAUGCAUUCAUUAUUAUAAGGCCAAGAAAAUUUAAUGCUACCUUGGUGCAAAUAAGUUUUAACUAGGAACACAGUUUCUAAUUUCUGUUUUACCGUUCUUUGAUCUAGCUGCACCCAUAAAGUCGGCAAUUCCUGCCAAUCGCCAGGGAAAUUCUAUGAGAGGCUUCUCAUGCAGUUACCUGAGAACGUACAAACUAAAGGACUUGACAAAACCAAAUAAUUAUAUGAAUUAUGAUUUUGUGAAAGAAAAAAAUACGUAGAGUACUUAUUUUCUUAGCUCAGCCGACUGGACGACUGAACCUUCCUAUUUUAGAGAAAAUUUAAGCCUUAAAAUUUCCUUAAAUUGUAAAUUUUAAAUAAAUUCAAAUGUGUGGAAAAUGGGGUUGACUUGUCCGCACGACUCUUACCUCGUGUUUUGAAGAAACUGAGGAUGAGUUGAAAGGGCCAGGCAUUAUAUAUACACUAACAUACAAGCAUAUAUUAACUAAUUUUUUUUGUGGUAAUUUCUCUAUGCCCCGUGUUGAUUUCAGUCUGAACAACGUUGUCACGGUGUUUUAAUUUAAGUUUUUCCCAUUCUCACUGUUAAUUUUCUGAAAAGGGAGAAAGAGAAAUUAAAAAGAAGGUAUGAGGAUGAGGGUUGCAGACAACCUGACUAGAGCGUCAACAAGAGGGGAUCAACGCUCCCGAUUCCAUGUGGAUGUGUGCACAUGCACGUACAUUAUCAAUUUAUAUAGUGAAGACCAGAUAAAAAGUUAUGGAGGAAGUAGAUAAAAUUCUAAAGAUUUCUCACUCACUCUUACAGUAAUUUUGUAUAGAUAAUGCUAAUCAAGUUAUUAUCAGUUUUACUAGUGACCAGUUCACGCAAUUAUCUACCAUAGUCAUCUCAUAAUGCCUUACUAUACACGAUCAGCCGGUUUUGUUGGGUAGCGUUACUUCUCUCGAUCCCACUACUUUAAAACAAAAUAGGCUUUUGUGAUCACGUCUCGUGCCGCUUAUUGAGAAAGGUUAUUAAUUCCGUUUCAACAAAGACUUCAGUACUGAAGCUUUAAGCACGAUCUGGAAGUGCCAUUACCGUACAGCAUACUUGCUUCUAAAACCAGGCUGAUUAAAACUGAUAUUUGGAUGAUGGAAAAACGGUUGACAUGUUUUGCUGAGAUCACCGCUGUUCUCAGUUUGCUAGGACUCAGAUUUCAAGUUCAAGGAAGUACUACUUUGAGUGAUAUACAUGAUGAUCUGAAACUUGCUAUAGUGUCAACGAGGCAAGGCAAUCAAUGACUUCUAUUUUACACCUUGUAGUAAUUGAAUCGAUAUUUGAUGCUGGUCUCUAAUGAUAAAAUUUUGUGAAUUAUUAUCUUGAUUCAGCACAGUCAUAAUCAAACCGGAAGGAAUGCAAUUCAGACCAUAAACUAGAAUAAAUUAAUGACUUGCUUUUGUAUAUUGUGUUCAAGUCAGUGUACAGUAGUUGAAGUCUCAAAAGUCAGCAAAGUCUACCGACUGUCGACCCUGUCAAUUAAAGAUACCUAAAACACAGCUUUUUUUAUACUUGUUUAAAGAGAAUAAUAUCAUUUUAAUUUAAUUGUGUUUUUUAAAAACAGUAUUUUUCCUUCAGGGUCAGACUCGUCUUUAUGGCUGAUCCCAGUACACAUUUCUUAUGGGACAUCGAAAUAUGAUUUUAACUUUUAGAAGCGCAAAAACGCGUGCAGAAAUAACGAUAGAGACUUUGUUUCAGGAUUGAAAGAAGAUUUCUCAUUUAUUGCUUCCUUUCAUAUGAUUAAUGACUUAAGCUUAGGAUGAUUUCUUUUUCUCUCAAGGCCACACGCUCCAUUACGGCUGUUCCCGGUACACAUUUUAUGCUACAUCUCGACAGAACUCACUUGAUUUUGAUAACAGCAGAAAAGCUUGCAAAGUUUAUGGAAGUGACCUUGUUUCUAUUGAAAGUAACGAGGAGUGGAACUUUCUGAAAGACGCUGUAAACAAAUUUCCACAGAGUUGA